CGCCCGCCUCCUAGAUGUUCCCGGAAGCUGACCGGCUUACCCUGGUCGAGUUGAUUGGUUGCAGUUUUGGACACCGCGCGCGGGGUUUUGUAGAGUUGUUUUGAGCUGAGUUCGCCGAAGAGAUAAUGGCUAGGCAGGGUCGUCCGCGUGAGCUCCUGGGCCCUCUGCACCCGUACAAGAGCGACGACGAGGAGGAGGAUUGUGCGCAGGAGGAGGAGGGGGAGCAGGAGGAGGAGUUUGUGGAUGCCGAGGAACUCUGCAGCGGGGGCAUCAAGGCGGGCAGCCUUCCUGGGCGCGCGCGAGUGUCUAUCCCUGAUGAGUAUACUAAAGAGAAAUGUACCGUGUACGGACGUUUCCCACUCAAAGGUCCGUGGUGGCGCGUGAAGGUCCAGGUCCUGAAACCCGAGCGAUCCAGGAGCUAUCAAGUUCAAGGCUUUCCGGCAUACUUUCUACAGGCUGAUAUGUCGCCACCAGAUCAAAAACAAAUCUGUUCGCUUUUUCUUAAAGAAUGCAACUUAGCCUCUGAGCGCAUACAGGAAUUUUUAAAAUGGGUAGAAAAAGUGUCAAGCUUUGAAAAUCUACACUUUGAAAACCUUUCGGAAACGUUAAGGCUUUUCUACAGAGAAACCGAAAAGAAAGAUAAAAAGCCGUCUACACCAAGGGAGCAGGGUGAGGAGAUGAGAGUGGAAAAAUCAUUCGCAUUUAUAAGUGCAAUGGUAGCUCUGCAAUUCCCCAAAGUCAUGGAAUUCCUUCCAUCGCUUUUCCCUCGACACUUCAAAAGGCUCAUCAGCUCCAGUCCUGAUUGGGUGCUGGGAUGCAUAGAAGAGGUUCUGGGUACACAGCCAUGGAAGCUGGGCUUCAGGAGGAUAACCUACAGAGAACUGAAACUAGUGCGCUGUGAGGCCAGCUGGGCAGCGUUCAGUCAGUGCCCCUCGCUGCUCCAGCUGAUGAUGCCCCUGCAGAAGAAUGCAUUGGUCAUAUAUUCUAAGCUGAGGCAGACAUGCAGAGAAGACGGACACACGUACAUUGAAGUAAAAGACUUGACCUCGGGCUUGUCUGAGCAUAUGUCAUUCGAGGAAGCAUGUCAGUCUCUGGCGUUUCUGAAGGACAUUGACGUGGUCAUUUAUGAGAAGGACUGUGUCUUUCUGUCUGAACUGUACGAGGCCGAGCAAGACAUCGCCUCCUCCAUCUGCGAGCUGAUGAGCAGACCCCCUUGGCACUUAAAAGUGGACGUGAAGAACGUCCUGGCGUCAAUUAGAGGCGCAAAGCCCCACGAUCCAGGAAGUGCUGAGGCAGUGGAAGGGAGCAAGCCAGAGGAGGUGGGGUCAGAGCAGGGUGACGGUGUUUUAGACGCCCAAGAUGGCGAUGACCAUGUUAGAAGCAAUGGCGAACACGUCGCAAAUGCAGAAAUAAACGACGUCGCACUGGAUCGAGAUCAGGUGGUCGCCCUGGAAACGAUCUGCGCCAACGCGGUGACUGUCCUCAGCGGGAAAGGCGGCUGUGGGAAGACCACCAUUGUUAGCCGACUUUUUAAGCACGUGGAGCAUCUGGAAGAAACGGAAGUGCAGCAAGCCUGCGAGGAUUUUGAACAAGACCAGGAAGCCUCAGAAGAGUGGCUUGCCUGUCCUGAGCAGAGCCCAGCCGGGGUGGACAAGGCUGUAGAAGUCUUGCUCACCGCACCUACGGGGAAGGCUGCUGGCUUAUUGAGGCAGAGGACCGAUCUUCCGGCUUACACGCUGUGCCAGGUCAAUUACAGCUUCUAUAUGUGGAAAAUGAAAAAUGAGGUGGACAAGCCGUGGAAAUUCUCUACGGUUCGAGUUCUGGUUGUAGACGAAGGGAGUUUGGUGUCUGUAGGGAUCUUCAAGUCAGUGUUAAAGUUGCUGUGCGACCACUCCAAAUUGUCCAAGCUCAUCAUCCUUGGUGAUGUUAGACAGUUGCCCAGUAUUGAACCUGGUAACAUGCUGCAGGAUGUCUUUGAGACUCUUAAGUCAAGACAGUGUGCCAUCGAACUAAAGACGAACCACAGGACAGAGUCUCAGCUGAUUGUGGACAAUGCUACAAGAAUCUCCAGACGUCAGUUUCCAAGAUUUGAUGCUGAAUUAAAUAUCUCUGGUAAUCCUACAUUACCCCUCUCCAUUGAAGAUAAGACAUUCAUCUUUGUGAGACUCCCUGAAGAAGACAGCAGAUCUCAGUCGUCUAAAGGUGAACACCGAUCUAAUUUAUAUACUGCAGUUAAAACUUUGCUUCAAGGAAAGGACUUCUGCUCUUUUGAAAGUUCAAAAACAUCGCAAUUUAUUGCAUUUAGAAGGCAAGACUGUGACCUCAUCAAUGACUGCUGCUGCAAGCACUACACAGGCCACCUCAUCAAAGACCAUGAGAAGAAACUCAUCUUUGCCGUCGGUGAUAAGAUCUGCUGUACCCGGAAUGCAUACCUCUCAGAUUUACUCCCCGACAAAGACCAGGAAGCCGAGGGGAAAGGCUAUGGAGACGCCCCUGACGACGAUGCUAAAAUCAAACAGGAUUUCGAAAGCAGCAUCCGGCUGUGCAAUGGGGAAAUAUUUUUCAUAACACAGGAUGUAACUGACGUAACUUUCAAAAGAAAAAGACUUCUGACCAUUAAUAACGAGGCUGGCUUGGAAGUGAAGGUGGACUUUAGCAAACUAAUGGCAAACUGUCAGAUCAAGCACGCCUGGGCAAGGACCAUUCAUACUUUUCAGGGGUCCGAGGAGAACACAGUCGUCUACGUCGUGGGGAAGGCAGGCCGCCAGCACUGGCAACAUGUUUACACGGCAGUGACCCGGGGCCGCUCCAGAGUGUACAUCAUCGCGCAAGAGUCUGAACUCAGGAGUGCCAUCCGGAAGCGCGGUUUCCCCAGGCAGACACGUUUGAAACACUUCUUGCAGAAGAAGCUCUCUGGCAGCUGCGCACCCUCAACAGGUUUCGCAUCCCAGCCUUCGAGCCCUCGAGUCGGAGGAAGACCUGACACCCAGCCUCCAGCCUCCUACCUCUGUAGAACCCCAGACAACAAAGCUACUGCAGACAGCGCCAGAGGCGACGAAAGAUGGCUGUCAACUUCUGUUAACGAUGACGUGGAUACGGAUGAGGAGUCAGCACAGCUCAGAGGGUCCAAAAGAACCGGUGACGGCUUCCCGUUUGACGAAGAAAGCCCCAGUAAAUUCCGUAUGGUUGAAGAGCCAUCUCCACAGGUGUCUUCUGUGUUUCGGAAUCUGAGGUUGAAUACCCUCACUCCCAGACAGCUUUUUAAACCCACCGACAAUCAAGAAACAGGUAAGUCAGGUGUGCCGGACGACGCCAACGAUCCCAGCAAUCAGGAGAUGGAAAUGUGAGGAUCCUGCGUUCAUGGCCAGCCUGGGCAACAUCACAAGCCCCUGCUCAGCCCAUACCACCACCACCACCACCAAAAACCUCAAAGCAGAAAAAAAAAAGUUUACUUCAUAUUGAUCAAGAAAUUAUUAUUUUUUUCCUCCCAAGACAAGAUGAACAUUUUAGCGUCAAAGUUUCAAAACUCUGAGAAGACAGCUGUCACUGGGCAUUAUGGUUUUGGGCAUUUGUAUUUUUGGGCACAUGACCCAAAAUAAAAUUUUUAUAUUAUUUUUAAAUCUAAGUUUCAAAAGGAGGUAUUCUAAAAUCACCCAAUCCAAGAAAACCGUGAUGAUUUCAGCCUUUGUCCUCGUGAGAACAGUUAACAGGGGACACAGGGGAAAAGGUGCCCUAUGCUUAAAACACUCCCAUUUUAGGUGCUGCUGGAUGUUUUGUGAUAAUGCCAUGUGAUCAUUGUGGAUCUCCUUUGCCAGCACACUGAACCAGCAAAGGUGGACUGAUUGUACCUGUUGAUUGUAACACAUUCAAGGAUGCUGUUUGCGGUGACAUCCUUGCUGUGAUGCUGUGGCCAUCACUCCAUUCCUGUGCCUGGGGCUCGGCGUACAUGGGGCUUGGAUAUGCCUUUCUCAGUUGGGAGUAAGUUUAGCAUAUAUCCCAUUGUAGGGAAGACUUUCUCUUAAAGCAGAUUGGUUUUUAAAUAUUUAUUACCUAGUGGUACUGUGGCUUGAAUGUGUCUUCCCAAACCUGUGUGGGUUUUUUUUGGGGGGGGUGGGAUGGGGGUGGUUUCGAGACAGGGUUUCUCUGUACAGCCCUGGGGCUGACCUGGAACUCACUUUGUAGACCAGGCUGGCCUCAAACUCAGAAAUCUGAGUUUGCCUCCUCUGCCUCCCAAGUGCUGGGAUUAAAGGCGUGCGCCACCACGCCUGGCAUGGCAGAGUGGUAGAGAUAGUUUUUCCAUCUUUCUCCCUUCUUUUGGUACUGGGACUGAAGCCAAGGUCUCAUUCCUUCUAAGAAAGCACUUUACAGCUUAAUUUUAUUCCUAGUCCUAAACAUAACUUUUCUAUGUACCAGGAAGUAAACAAACAAGACCAGUCAUGUGACUCAGCUGAUGGUAAUGCUUUUGUUAUUGCGGGUGCCCUGGGACUGAUCUGCAGCAUUUCUGAGAUAGGCCUUUGUGAGAAAUAAAUCCACUAUUCUUUUA